GGUCCUCAGCGCGCAGCUCAGCGAAGGGGCUGUCAUCACACAUCGCAUAAAAAAAAUCCAAAUAUCGCUUUAUCACCUCCUUGAUUUACACUUUCAAGAAGAAGCGUAAAAACCGCACACGAGCAAAAUACCUUUGCCCUUUUGUUUUACAUCGUUCGGGACAGUAAUUUCCCAACGUCUCCAAUUUUUUUCCUCUGCGGAACCUCCAUCCAACCAGGCAACAACUGCACUAUUUAAGGAUUCAUAGUCUCCAUCCGUAGUAAACACACCGCUAAAACACCUGGGCGAUAGAGGACAAUAUGGCAACAGCUACUGAGUAAUUUGUAUUUCUCUGAAGCGGAUCCAGGAUUUUCCCCUUUCCCCAACAAACCGCGGCAAUGUCCUUGGAGCAUGGCCUGGCUUCAACACCAAUCCCAGCACACUGCACCCUCUGAACCCUAACGCUACAAAAAAUCCUGCUUGGUUUUGAACCCUUCAUCUCUCUUUCUUUUCUCCUGCUCUCGUUCUCGGUGUCCUGAUGGAUUGGAAGCGCCCCGAUCCCUCGAUCUGUUGACCCUCGGGGUGAGGGGGUAGAGCAGAGAGGACAGGUUUUCUCAAAAUACACAAGUGUCCGGCUGCCAUUGUCCUAAUUCAUCUGAUGGAGAGUUAGAAGAACGGGAGCUACUACUGGGGAGGGAGAGGAGUAGAGGAGAUAAAACAAAACCAAAAAACGAAAGCCAAGAAUCAUCACAAAGACUUUAUUCUUUGCUAAGCCAUUGAGAUUGCUUUGCUAAGAGCUCCAGAGAUCUGGACGUGGGGAAGUUAUAAAGACACGGAUAAAUCUACAUCAAGCAUCGUGGACCGAACACCUUAAGACCCAAGAUGUCCACGACGGCAACCAUGGGUGAGAUGGCAAACAGUGCGGUAGAGUUUUACCCCAAGCGGGGAGGAGGUAGUGCCGAAGUCAAUCAUGCUGGAGACUUUGGAGUGACGUUGGACGAGCUCCGGGCCCUGAUGGAGCUGAGAGGAGCCGAGGCCUUGCAAAAAAUUCAGGAAAGCUUUGGAGAUGCAGAUGGCCUAUGCCAGAGACUCAAGUCUUCCACCAGUGAUGGUUUGUCAGAUAACCCAACAGAUCUGGAGAAGCGCAGACAGGUAUUUGGACAAAACUUCAUACCCCCGAAAAAGCCCAAGACCUUCCUUCAGCUGGUGUGGGAGGCAUUACAAGACGUCACUCUCAUCAUCCUGGAGAUCGCUGCCAUCAUCUCUCUCGGCCUGUCCUUCUAUCAGCCGCCCGGACACGAGAGCGAGGGCUGUGGGAAGGUGUCAGGAGGAUUCGAAGACGAAGGGGAGGCAGAGGCAGGAUGGAUUGAAGGUGCUGCCAUCCUGCUUUCUGUCAUUUGCGUGGUGCUGGUGACCGCUUUCAACGACUGGAGUAAAGAGAAGCAGUUCCGCGGGCUGCAGAGCCGCAUCGAACAGGAGCAGCGAUUCGCUGUGGUGCGCAAUGGAAACGUCAUUCAGAUCCCCGUCGCAGAGAUGGUGGUUGGGGACAUGGCCCAGGUCAAAUAUGGUGACCUCCUACCUGCUGAUGGCAUCCUGAUUCAGGGAAAUGACCUGAAGAUUGACGAGAGCUCUUUGACCGGUGAAUCAGACCAUGUACGGAAGUCAUCCGACAAGGACCCCAUGCUUCUAUCUGGUACCCAUGUGAUGGAGGGAUCAGGUAGGAUGCUGGUGACCGCAGUUGGAGUCAACUCUCAGACCGGCAUCAUAUUCACUCUACUGGGAGCCGGAGAAGGGGAGGAGGAGAAGAAAGAGAAGAAAGGCAAGCAGCCAGAGGCAGCUGUGGAGACCAAUCAGAAUAAAGCCAAAAAGCAGGAUGGAGCCGUUGCCAUGGAGAUGCAGCCUCUGAAGAGUGCGGAGGGUGGAGAAGUGGAGGAGAGGGAGAAGAAAAAAGCCAACGUGCCCAAGAAGGAGAAGUCUGUACUGCAGGGCAAACUCACAAAACUGGCUGUACAGAUUGGCAAAGCAGGUCUUGUGAUGUCGGCCAUUACCGUUAUCAUCCUGGUGCUGUACUUUGUGAUUGAGACAUUUGUGGUGGAGGGGCAAAGCUGGUUGCCUGAGUGUACGCCCAUUUACGUGCAGUACUUCGUCAAAUUCUUUAUCAUCGGGGUGACUGUGCUGGUGGUAGCUGUGCCCGAGGGUCUUCCCCUUGCUGUAACCAUCUCUCUCGCCUACUCUGUUAAGAAAAUGAUGAAGGACAAUAACCUGGUGCGCCACUUGGAUGCCUGCGAGACAAUGGGCAAUGCCACUGCUAUCUGCUCUGACAAGACCGGCACCCUCACAACCAACCGCAUGACUGUAGUACAGGCCUUUGUUAAUGACCAGCACUUCCGUGAGGUCCCUGACCCCAGCCAGAUCAAUCCCAACACCCUAGAGAUGAUUGUCAAUGCCAUAUCUAUCAAUUGCGCCUACACCUCCAAGAUCAUGCCACCAGAUGUGGAGGGUGGACUCCCCAAGCAGGUUGGUAAUAAGACUGAGUGUGGUCUGCUGGGCUUCCUGCUGGACCUGAAGAGAGACUAUGUUCCUGUGAGAGAGCAGAUCCCAGAGGAGAAGAUCUACAAAGUCUACACUUUUAACUCAGUACGCAAGUCCAUGAGCACUGUGGUGCAGAUGCCUGAUGGAAGCUUCUGCCUGUACAGCAAAGGAGCCUCUGAGAUCCUCCUGAAAAAGUGUUCCGGGAUACUUGGUGCCAAUGGCGAGACACGGAGCUUCAGGCCACGGGACCGAGAUGAGAUGGUGAAGAAAGUAAUUGAGCCCAUGGCAUGUGAAGGAUUGCGAACCAUCUGCAUUGCUUAUCGUGAUCUUCCCUGCGACCCUGAACCUGACUGGGAUAAUGAAGCUGAAAUUGUCACCGAUUUGACCUGCAUCGCUGUCGUCGGGAUUGAAGAUCCUGUGCGACCUGAGGUCCCCGAUGCCAUUCGGAAGUGUCAGAGAGCAGGCAUCACUGUGCGCAUGGUCACCGGUGACAACAUCAACACUGCGCGUGCCAUUGCUGCCAAGUGUGGCAUAAUUCAACCCGGGGAUGACUUUCUGUGCCUGGAAGGCAAAGACUUCAACCGAAGAAUCAGAAAUGAGAAAGGAGAGAUUGAGCAGGAGAGGAUUGAUAAGAUCUGGCCCAAGUUGAGAGUUCUAGCGCGCUCUUCCCCCACCGACAAACACACUCUUGUAAAAGGCAUCAUUGACAGCACUGUGUUGGAGCAGAGACAGGUGGUGGCCGUUACUGGUGAUGGGACCAAUGACGGACCAGCUCUGAAGAAAGCAGAUGUGGGCUUCGCAAUGGGCAUAGCGGGAACUGAUGUAGCUAAAGAAGCCUCUGACAUCAUACUGACUGAUGAUAACUUCUCCAGCAUUGUGAAGGCUGUCAUGUGGGGAAGAAAUGUGUAUGACAGCAUCUCCAAGUUCCUGCAGUUUCAGCUUACUGUCAACGUAGUGGCCGUAAUAGUAGCUUUCACUGGGGCCUGCAUCACACAGGACUCUCCACUAAAAGCAGUGCAGAUGUUGUGGGUAAAUCUUAUCAUGGAUACAUUUGCCUCUUUGGCUCUUGCCACUGAGCCCCCCACUGAAUCUCUGCUGCUUAGGAAACCUUAUGGCCGUAACAACCCUCUCAUCUCCCUCACUAUGAUGAAGAACAUCCUGGGUCAUGGAGUCUAUCAGCUCGUCAUCAUCUUCACCCUACUGUUUGUCGGAGAGAAAAUCUUCAACAUCGACAAUGGCCGCAAUGCCCCUUUACACUCCCCACCCUCUGAGCACUACACCAUCAUCUUCAACACCUUCGUCCUGAUGCAGCUCUUUAACGAGAUCAAUGCCCGAAAGAUCCACGGCGAAAGGAACGUGUUUGACGGCAUCUUCGCUAACCCAAUCUUCUGCAGUAUUGUUCUGGGAACAUUUGGAAUGCAGAUUGUAAUUGUGCAGUUUGGGGGGAAGCCCUUCAGCUGUGCCCCUCUAAAUAUGGAACAAUGGCUGUGGUGCCUCUUCGUGGGAGUUGGAGAACUACUGUGGGGCCAGGUGAUCGCCACAGUGCCCACUAGUCACCUGAAGUGUCUGAAGGAGGCGGGCCAUGGGCCGGGUACAGACGAGAUGAUGGAAGACGAGCUGGCCGAGGACGAGGAGGAGAUUGACCAUGCUGAGAGAGAGCUACGCAGGGGGCAGAUCCUCUGGUUCAGAGGCCUUAACCGUAUCCAGACACAGAUGGAGGUAGUGAGUACAUUCAAGAGAAGUGGUUCGUUUCAGGGUGCAGUGAGACGUCGCUCGUCAGUGCUCAGCCAGCUCCAUGAUGUAACCAAUAUUUCUACCCCCACUCACAUGCGGGUGGUGAAAGCGUUCCGUAGCUCCCUUUACGAUGGAAUGGAGAAACCUGCGUCCAGGAAUUCCAUCCACAACUUCAUGGCACACCCCGAGUUUCUCAUCAACGACUACAUUCACAACAUACCGCUGAUUGACGACACAGACAUUGACGAAGAAUCUGAGUGGUCGAGGCAUAACUAUCAAUUGCAUCCGGCCUUCCGAAAGCCCCCUCCUCCUCCGGUCCAGCAACCACAGCGUACCCACCCACCACCACACCCCUAUCGCCAGUACAGCCUCCCUGCCAUGCCUAACCGCAACAACAACGCCAUCGAGAGUGGCAUCUACAACCUAAACCUCCCCACAAGCCCCAAUGGGCACUGGACGACUCCCUCUCAACAGCUCUACCCCCUUCUCACCCUGGAGACUUCUCUAUGAUUGACUCCAGAUGAACCUAAAAGACUUUGAGGAUGCAGUUGUGCGAGUCAGGCUGGUGGGGGAGGCUUCUAAGGACAUGAUAUAGGUGGUUGACCCCCUACUCACUGAACAGAAGACAGGGUCCAUCACAUUACAAUAAUUUGCUCUUGCCACUACAACCAUCCACUACAAGCUCUAUCACUCCUCAUAUCUCAACAACAACAUCCCUACAGGCAACUCUCCUCUCACUGUGUGGAGAGGAGGCCAUCUACUGUAUGUCUGGGGUUCCUUUGGACGGUCCUAAGAAGUUGAGGAAUCCAGACCAGAUGGACUUUUAGUGGUUAUUUAGUGCUGGUGACUACUGACUUCUCAGAAUGCGAAGGAAAAUAAGUUCCUACAGGUGGAGUAGGGGUCCAUUCACUUCACUUUUUAUUGGUGUAACUAAACUCAAUAUGAUUAUUGUCAUGUUUUGAAUUCUUACUAUUUCCACCAUCUUAAUGAGUGCUCAGAUUAUCAUUGCUACAUCACAGAGUGCAAUUUUUUAUUAGUCUAUGGCCAAUGCUUUAUGCUAUGAUUAGCUUUAAAAACAUUUAUUAAUUAAUUUAUUUAUUCAUUUAGUCAUUUAUCAAUUUAUUUAUUGUGGGAUCACCAACAUUUUCUUUUAAUUUUCACUUUAAUUUUGUCUUUUUCUCUCUCUGUGUGUGUCUGUGUGUGUGUUGUGUAUGUCCUAAAAACAUAAAAAGUGACAAAAAAGAACUACUAACAAAGCAAAGAUUAUAUAAAUUUGAAGCUUAAAAUAAUUAAAUUAUAAUGCGUCUGCUGUUAACAAAACGAAGACAAAAACAUUGCUGUGCCAUUUUAAUUUCUGUUGCCUGAUCAUUGUUUUAAAACAUUUUAUAGAAAAAAACUUAUUUAAGCACAUUAUUUGAGGACAAGUUGUAGCUUGUUCUUGUUUAAAAUAUGCUACAGGGUAGGGGAUUUUGGGCAAUCCCCUCUCACAGACACAGUGGUUAAAGUGGAAGUUAUUUUGGUGGUUUUCCUUCUUAGCAAUGGCAAACAGCCUUAAGAUAAAAUAGCCUUGUUAAUAUGUCUUACCUUUUUCAAAUGAGCUGACUCAAAGGCUUGGUGAGUUCAGUGGGUUUGCCCAGACUCAACAUUUAAUGGUGUCUUAUAUUUCUUUCACAUUAAAGCCAUUAAAAUCCAUGUUGUUCAGAUGACACCAACAAAUGCAUUAACCCUUUAAACAUUUUCAAAUAAUUAUAUUUGCUCAGCACAAGCAUACCUGCUGGCCCUUUAAAGCAUUCAUGUUCACACUUGCUUUCCUCAUACCUAUCUGCAGACUGUGGUCAGAGGGCAUAAACCAUUGUAGGGAAAUCCAUCUUUUACUGCCACAUCUUAGUUAAUGAAUAUCAAAGAUACUAACAAUGGACAAUCUGUGAGGGUAUCAUUACUUUUGCACAAUAUUAGGGGUUCACUGUUCUGAGCAAACACCCAAAAGGUGACACAUUCAGAAUGAUUCUGAUGUUCACCGUGACACACUGUCUGGCUGUUGGUCUAUAUGUUACCAGAGUUAACAAUAUGUUUGCACAGAACAAUAAUCCCUGUUAUGUAAUGACAUGCAUGAUCCUCCAUGUCAAAUUAUAGUAUGUUUGAUUCACUUACAUUCCAUCAACAUCCCACUGAUCAAUGUACCAUCAGGGGUUACCUCUUUUUACAAUCCAUCUUCUGGGUUGGUUCAGUUUUAAUCAUGUUGCUAUUGUCAAAGCAUUGCAAUGUAAUACAAUCAUUUUGGGAAAGAGACUGGCACAUAUGCAACAGACUGCCCUGUCCACAGCUCUGUAAAAUAUGCUUCACGACAUGUACAUAUGGAUCUAAUAAAAAAAUACCUUUAUCUGUAUAGAAUACUUUUCUAGAUUGUCCAGUUUUGAGAAACUGGCAAAUAUUGAAAGCAGACAAUGCAAGCAUGAGCCUCACUAGAUCAUGUCAUUGCACUGGUCAGUCGUGUCUUUGCAGAGCAUGUUGAUAUCAUAGCGCUCUUCACUGUCAUUGUUUGACUUCACUUUUGUCUGUCGAUGCUUCACUGUGGCUCUUAAACAGUUUGUGGACACACGUUUCUCAUCCUAGUGCAUCUGUGCUGUCAUUCAUGUGGGAUUGUACAUGCUGAAGUUCUCCUCCUGAUACUCUGGCCUGUUUUCAUUCAAAAAUGAGGCAUUGAGCCUGGGAGUGGAGCAGUGUCACACUGCCAAUCUGACUACUAAAUGCCAGUAGACACACUGCUUAAAAUGGGCUGACCAAUUCUACAAAGACCAGAACAGUUUGUUUGUUUAGAUUAUUAUGGAAACUGAAAACCCUAACAGAUAUCACUCUGCCCACCCAUUUUAAGCAGUUAAUAAACUUUUAUCUCUGUAUGACUGUGUUCAGCCUUUCAAUGAGUUGAGCAUGCUCGGACAGUUCCAGUGGAGUCUCCAUUGGCGAGAGCGCUGGCAGGUCUAUGAGACUGAACCCAUUUAAAAGCACAGACACAAUCAGCAGACAAAAGUGGUGGUCAGAGAGGAUGGAACUGGAACCGCUAAACCCAUAUGCAUAAUAAACAAAUAUUUUCUAACCUUAUCUUACUCUUAGCAAAGCUUAACUACCAAAAUAUGCCUCAAGCUAUGCUCGUCUCUGAAUAAUUUUAAAUUUGAACUAUAUCGAAGUUGUAUACCCCAAUCAUUCAACUCUCCAGAAAGUGAUGAUAUAUUACAGUGGCAUAUGUAUGGUAUCCCUCUUUUCCACCAAAACAUUCAGCCACUUUAUUGAGACUUAAAGUCCUGAUUGAGUGACAGAAAUAUAUCUAAAUACGCAUACAUGUAUAGCUAUAAAAAUAAUAAUAAUAAUAAAAAAAACAGAUAAUACAAAACUCCAUUGUCUGCCUUCAUUUUGUUCCAUUCUGUUGUAGAAAAAUCAUGCAAGGUAAGGUGAAAAAAUUUAAUGUGAAAAAGAGUAAAUAAUAUAAUAUAUUUAAUAUAAAAGUUAUAAAUUAUUGUACAACUGCACCAUCACUGUACAUCUUGCCAAAAUGUGCACAUGUGCAUCUUUUGUUUACAGUUUAAGCACAUGUUUUUGUUUUAUUACUCUUUAUUGUCUUUUUCUCUUUCUUUCUCCUUAUGUUUUUUGUAAAGAAUUAAAAUUGAACUGCUUGUACAUUAUUAUGAUUAUUAUUAUGACUAUUAUUAUGAUUAUUAUUAUUCUUGUCUUAUUCCAGCAGUGCUCUUUUAACUGAUGGAAAAACAAAACAGUUGCACAUUCUCCUGAACAUACACAUACUGCUCUACAAUAAAAAAUAAAAAAAUAAAAAAAAUUAAAAAAAACACUUAAAAAGAGGGAAAAAAAAUUAAACUAUUAAAUAUAUUUAUAUUACCUGCCUGUUAUUUAAAAGAAAAAAGUAUCUAUCUAUGAUGAAAGAACAUAGCUGUAUACUGUAGACUAAACUGUAUGGAAAUCUAAGAAUUUACUGGGAAAAUAAGUCAAACAUUUUGUCUGUAUAAAAAAAUCAAAUCAAAUUAUUCUACAAUAAUAACUUUGACCAGUGUCUGUGGUUGUC